AUCUUAAAACCCCAUUGUUAGUGGCGAAUGUUCACUGACGCACUGCCUCUCUGGCCACAAUUCCCUAGCGGACGGCCUGUGUCACUUGCUGCUGCAGCAAUAAAAUUGAAAUAAAGAGACUUUGGCGGCACUACUAUAUCACUACUCACAUUCUCCUUCCCAUUUUCGUGCAAAUUAAAUAUACUCUUCCUCCUACUCUACGCCAGCUGCUCUCUCUUUCUCUCUCUUUUCGGCACCUCAAAAGAGUGGUGAAGUAGAGAGCCAAGGGUGAGUAUGGGAGCUUUUUCAAAUGAAGAACUCAGUUUCUCUUCCAAUUUCAACUUCGCUUCCUCUCAAGAUCUCAGAUUCUCUAAGCAAAUCCAUGACAACGUUCACGGCAACAUCUACAUUGAUCCGCUCUACUUGAAGUUCAUUGACACAGAACAAUUUCAAAGGCUUCGUGAUCUUAAACAACUAGGUGUGGCACACAUGGUCUAUCCAGGAGCAGUGCAUUCUAGAUUUGAGCAUUCCCUUGGAGUGUAUUGGCUUGCCAAUGAAGCUGUCCAUAAGCUUAAAACCCACCAAGGAAUGGAGCUUGGAAUUGAUCACUUUGAUAUACAAACAGUGAAACUUGCAGGUCUUCUACAUGAUAUUGGACAUGGACCUUUUAGUCACUUAUUUGAACGCGAGUUUCUUCCUCAAGUUCGCAAUGGAUUGGACUGGUCUCAUGAGCAAAUGUCUGUGGAUAUGAUUGAUCACAUUGUUGAUGAGCGUCGUAUUGAUAUUGAUUCAGGAACUAUUAAAAAGGUCAAGGUAAGAUGAAUUAUUUUGAUUUAUGCUAGCUGAUAUCAUACAAGAUGAGAAUGUUAAUUUGCUUAUAACAUGUAGUAUUGACAGUUUCAAAAAAAAAUAUUUCCCUCUGUUUCAACUUGAUUGUCCUGUUUUGACUUGGCACGAAAUUUAAGAAAAUAAAGAAAACUUUUGAAUCUCGCGGUCUUAAAUUAAA